UUCAGCAUUGUUUAGCUUAUUGUUGAAAAUAGCAAAAAUGGAAUUCACUCACGAUGCUAUGACCAAAUUGAAAGAAUUAUUAAGAGAACCCGAACCUGAAGUUUUGCAAGGGGAUGAUUUACCCUUUUCAGGUUACGAAAUAACAUCGAAUAGAGACAAAGUGCCGUGUCCUACUACGGAUGAGACAAAAGCGCCACGUACUAUAGAGGAAUAUGAAGAGCAAGAAGCAGCAGAACUCGAUAGUAUAGCUGGUCCCGGCGGUGGAGCUGGGGAUAGGAAGACUCCUGAAUAUACUAUGAAUUAUCAGCAAUCUGUUAGCGCGGAAGAUGUUUUUUUGCAGAUGGGUCCGAAAACACCUUCUUCAGCGAGUUGCGAAAAUCUUAUCGUGAGGAUCAAGUUGCCAGGAGAUAAGAAAGAGAACGUGGAACUGACUGUUGAUACGAAGAGUGUCACAAUUCAAUCGCCACAAUAUUACCUGAAGCUUGCACUACCACAUGAUAUCGACCCAGACAAUUCUAAAGCAAACUGGGAUAGUUUCAAGGAAUCUUUAAUUCUUACUCUGAAAUUAGACAGAGAAUUUGACUUUGUAAAUUUUUAA